CCCACCCCCCCCCCAUCCCUAACUCCGCCUACAUCAGCCUGACCCCAGCCCUUCUACAGCGCCAGUGUUUGGGUCCCGAGAGAUACCGGUCCGCUAGACUCUGGUCUCUCUGAGGGGGAGGAGCUAGAGGACGAACCCAACGCACCCCUCGUGCUGUCCCUGUGGUGCCGCUUGAGGGUCCAGCGGCCAAUCAGCUCGCAGCUGUGUGAGCUAGUACCUGCAGCUGCAGCCAAUCACGGGGCAGCAGUAAACACACCUGAAGUGUGUUUAUUCGGCUAGCCUGGGCCACACCUACACCCCUAUACCCACCACCACCACCCCUAGCCCCACCACCACCCCUACACCCAGUACCGCCACCGUCACCACCACCCCUCCGGCCUCAAGAUGAUGUGCGAGGUGAUGCCGACCAUCUCGGAGGACGGGCGCGGCGGGGGCGGCUCCCCGUCCUCGGCGGGCAGCGGCGGCAGCGGCGCCGGCGGGCAGAUCGGGGGCGUGGCCGGGGGCUACGGCGGCCGGGAGUCGCGGGGGGGGGGGGGCAGUGACGAGGGCGGCAGCACGGGCAACCUGGAGUCGCUGAUGGUCAACAUGCUGACGGAGCGCGAGCGGCUGCUGGAGAGCCUGCGGGACACUCAGGACUGCCUGGGCACCGCGCACCUGAGGCUCCGCGAGCUGGGCCACGAGAAGGAGACCCUGCAGAGACAGCUGUCCAUCGCCCUGCCCCAGGAGUUUGCGGUGCUGACCAAAGAGCUGAACGUGUGCCGGGAGCAGCUGCUGGAGAGAGAGGAGGAGAUCUCCGAGCUGAAGGCGGAGAGGAACAACACACGACUGCUGCUUGAGCACCUGGAGUGCCUGGUGUCGCGUCACGAGCGCAGCCUGCGCAUGACGGUGGUGAAGCGGCAGGCCCAGUCGCCGGCGGGCGUCUCCAGCGAGGUGGAGGUGCUCAAGGCCCUCAAGUCGCUGUUCGAGCACCACAAGGCCUUGGACGAGAAGGUCCGCGAGAGGCUGCGCGUGGCGCUGGAGAGGGUGACCACCCUGGAGGAGGAGCUGCAGACCUCCUCGCAGGAGGUGCUGUCUUUAAGGGACCAAAUCAAAAGACGAACGCACGGAAUAGAAAACGGCAAAGAGCGCCUCCCGAACGGGCCGACCUCCCUAUUGGACGAGGGCGAGGCGGACCGGCAGAGGGAGAGCGAGAUCGAGCGGCAGCGAUCGGAGCUGGGCCAGCUGAAGGAGCGGCUAGCCCUCAUGUGCAGACAGGUGGGGGAGAUCGAGGAGCAGCUGACCUCAGCCCGGAGGGAGCUGACCCGAUCAGAGGAAGCCAACCUGAAGCUCCAGAGAGACGUCAAAGAGGCUCUGUGCCAACGAGAAGACAUGGAGGAGAGGAUCACCACCUUAGAACGCAGGUACCUGAGUGCCCAGCGGGAGGCGACGUCUCUCCACGACAUAAAGGACAAGCUGGAGAACGAGCUGGCCAGCAAGGACUCCCUCUACAGACAGAGCGAGGAGAAGAACCGGGGGCUCCAGGAGCGGCUGGACGACGCCAAGCAGAAGCUGCAGCAGACCCUCCAGAGAGCCGAAACCCUCCCCGAGAUCGAGGCGCAGCUCGCCCAGCGGGUGGCCGCGCUCAACAAGGCAGAGGAGCGCCAUGGGAACUUUGAGGAGCGACUCCGACAGAUGGAGGCGCAACUGGAGGAGAAGAACCAGGAGCUGCAGAGAGCGCGGCAGAGGGAGCGGAUGAACGACGAGCACAACAAGCGUCUGUCGGACACGGUGGACAAGCUUCUGUCCGAAUCCAACGAGCGGCUGCAGCUCCACCUCAAGGAGAGGAUGGCCGCGCUGGAGGACAAGAAUGCUCUGUCAGAAGAACUGUCCAACAUGAAGAAGCUGCAGGACGACCUGCUGGCCAACAAGGACCAGUUGAUAGCAGAGCUGGAGAGGAUCCAGCUGGAACUGGACCAGCUGAGGGCCCGGCCCGGGGGUUCCUACUCCAGCCGCUCCCUCCCGGGCAGCGCCCUGGAGCUGAGGUUCGCCCACGGCGGGGGCUCUCUCCCGGUGGGCUUUACCACGCACAUGGAUCACUACGGCAACGCCCCCGGCGGCGCGGUGCGGAGGAGCCACCGGGCGCGCUGGAGCUCCGCCCGCGAGGACUCCACCAAGUACGCGGACUGGGACAGCGGGGCGCUGAUGGUGUCCGGGUUCGACCCGGGCCUGGAGGUGGCGUGCUCGGACGACGACGACGACCGCGACAACCUGUUCGGCUCGGAGCUGCUGUCGCCCAGCGGACAGACGGACGUGCAGACACUGGCCAUCAUGCUGCAGGAGCAGCUGGAGGCUAUCAACAAGGAGAUCAAGCUGAUCCAGGAGGAGAAGGAGAACACGGAGAUUCGGGCGGAGGAGAUCGAGAGCCGGGUGGUUGCCAUGGACGACCCCCUCAUGCCCCCCUCCUCCCUGGGGAGGGACAGCACCGGGCGGAGCUACAUCCCCUCCUCCAUCACCUCCUCCACCCUGGCCUCCCCCUCACCCCCCAGCUCCGGCCACACCACCCCCCACCUGCCCCACUCCCCCGCCCGGGAGAACGACCGACAGAACCAGGGCGAUGAGCGCUCCCUGGCCCUGCUGGACUCCACCCCUCCCGCCACGCCCCGGGCCCUCCGAUUGGACAGGAUGACCCUCACCCACCCGGGGGCCCUGCUCGACGACCCCCGCGAGUUCCGCAGUCUCUCGGCGGACGGCAGCAGCUCCAACAGCAGUCAGGAUUCGCUCCACAAGGCCAGCAAGAAGAAGAGCAUCAAGUCGUCCAUCGGCCGGCUGUUCGGCAAGAAGGAGAAGGGGAGGAUGGGGCAACCAGGCCGAGAGGGCUCCUCCUCCCUGGCCUCGACCCCGUCAGAGGACCAGGCCUCCGGGGACGCCAUGGGUCUGAACAAGACCGGGACCCUGGGCCCCGCCGACAAAGACCGCCGCAGCAAGAAGAAACACGAGCUGCUGGAGGAGGCGUGCCGCCAGGGCCUGCCCUUCGCGUCGUGGGACGGCCCCACCGUGGUGUCCUGGCUGGAGCUGUGGGUGGGCAUGCCCGCCUGGUACGUGGCCGCCUGCCGCGCCAACGUGAAGAGCGGCGCCAUCAUGGCCAACCUGUCGGACACGGAGAUCCAGCGCGAGAUCGGCAUCAGCAACCCGCUGCACCGCCUCAAGCUCCGCCUCGCCAUCCAGGAGAUGGUGUCUCUGACCAGCCCCUCCGCCCCCGCCAGCACACGCUCCUCCACCAGUAAUGUGUGGAUGACCCACGCAGAGAUGGAGACGCUGAACGCAGUCACCAAGCCUCCGGAGCUGAAAGAGUUCAGUUGGGAUCAGAUCCUGGCGUACGGGGACAUGAACCACGAGUGGGUGGGCAACGACUGGCUGCCCAGCCUGGGUCUGCCGCAGUACCGCUCCUACUUCAUGGAGUCCCUGGUGGACGCCCGCAUGCUGGACCACCUCACCAAGAAGGAGCUGAGGGGCCAGCUGAAGAUGGUGGACAGCUUCCACAGGGUCAGCAUGCACUACGGCAUCAUGUGUCUGAAACGCCUCAACUACGACCGCAAGGAGCUGGAGCGCCGAAGAGAGGAGAGCCUCCAUCACAACAAAGACGUGAUGGUGUGGUCCAACGAGCGCGUGAUGUGCUGGGUGCAGAACAUGGGCCUGAAGGAGUACGCCGACAACCUGACGGAGAGCGGCGUGCACGGCUCCCUGCUGGCCCUGGACGACACCUUCGACUUCACCGACCUCGCCCUGCUGCUGCAGAUCCCCAACCAGAACACACAGGCAAGGCAGCUACUGGAGCAGGAGUACAACUCCCUCAUCUCCAUGGGGACGGAGCGGCGACCUGAUGAGGACGGUAACAAGACCUUCACGCGGUCCCCAUCCUGGAGGAAGAUGUUCCGGGAGAAGGACCUGCGGGGGGUCACCUCCGACUCGGCCGAGACGCUUCCCGCCAACUUCCGGGCCUCCGCCCUCGCCACGCCCUCCGUGACCCUGAGGAAGGUUCAGAGCGACGCCUCCCCGGGCCCCCGGGGGGAGGCGGCCUCCGUGCGGACCUACUCCUGCUGAGACGCCCAGGAGAGGCUGACUCAAGGAGACACUGAGAGGGACCAUAUCUGCCCGUCCACGGAGAGAAAAAAAAAACUAAAAACAAACAAAACACUCAAUGAACACAACAACUGUAAGAACUAAAAUGGAAGACAUCGGUCGGACGGCUGCAAUAAAAUAAAAAAAAGUUUUAAAAAAAGUCGCAGGAGCAAAACAGGAGACAAAGGGAAAAACAAAAUGACCCGAAGAAUGUAACGCAGUGGACCGGAGGAGAAAAGAGGUCCCUGCUGUUUUAUCUCUCCCCCCUCUCUCUCUCUCUCUCUCCCCCCCCCUCUCUCUCUCUCUGUCUCCCUCCUUCCUGUCAUCCUGUCUGCGGUCCCCCUUCACUCUGGGACCCGGGUUACGGCCGGUCGGUGUCCGAUGUCCUCCAUUGUGGCUCCUAUUGUCUCUUCUUCUAUGGUGCUGUCUGGGCUGCAGUGGGUGCAGCUCCUCACCCCCCCCCCCCCACCAAGCCGUGGUCAAACAUGUCCCCAUUCAGGGCCCCCCAGCCCGGCCCCCCAGCCAUCCCCGGCUCCCAGCCGCCCAUCGCUGGGGCCUCCGCGGUUCGUCUUUUGGCACCUUGAAAGCGGAGAGCAGCUACUGUCCCCGAGUAAUCCCCCCUUUGAAGGGGGACCCCCAUUAUGGAGACAUCAAAGAGGCCUCCAACCACACAGGGAGGAGGGGCCAGCCCUAGGGGGGGGGGGGGAUCGUUGUCCUCAUUGUGCCUAAUCGCAUUCAGCAGAUCGUUAGGAAUUCAUCAGGUGUGUGUGUGUUUGUGUGUGUGUGUGUGUGUGUGUGUGGGUGUGUGUGGAGGCAGUGAGGAUGGACAUGCACCCUGUGUGGUGUCCUUUCUGAUGUCGGCCGUGUAGUUUGUGACCUGUUAUUAUCAGCUCAAGCCCCCCUCCCAUGAAGCUCACACACACACACACACACACACACACACACACACAUUGCCUCCCCUCUGGUUUUUCAUGUGAAGCGGUUUCCUAGAGAAAAAGCUAAAAACCUGCUGAGAGAGAGAGAGAGAGAGAGAGAGAGAGAGAGAGAGAGAGAGAGAGAGAGAGAGAGAGAGAGAGAGAGAGAGAGAGAGAGAGAGAGAGAGAGAGAGAGAGAGAGAGAGAGAGAGAGAGAGAGAGAGAGAGAGAGAGAGAGAGAGAGAGAGAGAGAGAGAGAGAGGGAAAUGUGGGUGAGAGGGGGGAGACACACAAGCCAUAACUGAGGAUCCAACCAUGUGUUCUCUAACCACCCCAGAAGUGACUGACACCACGAAGAGAGAGAGGGAGGGAGAGAGAUGGGAGAGAGGGAGGAUGAGAGAAAGAGGGGUAGGAAGGGGGAGAGGAAGGAAGAGGAAGAGUGAGAGAUGUCCCCGAAGAAAGCAAAAGAAGAUGUAUGAAUAGUACAAAAAAAAAAUGUUUAAAAAACUUUAGCCUCUGUGUUUAUGAUGCAUGUCCAACAAACAAGAUGACAAUUAAACAUGACUUAAACAUGUUGGUGGUUGAGAUGACGUGACUGUCUUUAAAAAAUAUAUAUCUGUAUAUUUAACAUAAUGAGACAGAUUCUGGGCAGGGUUUGGGCCGAUUUAUAAAAUGUGUGUAUUUUUUCGGUUGUAUUUUUUAUUUUUUACGAUAACUAUAUUUAUUUUCUUUAUGUAUGUAUUGGAUAAAUGUAUGUACAUGUUCAGUUUCUUCUUAAUUAUGACUUCAUUUUAACUAGUUUUGAAAGUUAAUAUGAGACAUUGAAAAUGGUCAUUCAAAUAUGCUACGGUCGGUGUACAUUUUGACGAAGAAAUUGUGCAUUGAUUUAACAGAUUUACAUAAUUAAAGUGAUAGUAAUAAAAUUUAAAAUAUCAUCUGAAGAAAAUAAUGGUGAUGAUAUUAUGACAAUGAUAGUGAUGUGAAAAAAUAAAAAAUUUAAUGAUC